GGAGACGAGCCAGGAACAGCAUGGGCUCGGGGGCCAGCAUGCUGAGAGCCUUCCUCCUUCUCCUGGAUAUUGGAGGAGCUCAAGUAUUAGCAUCGGGCAAGUCUGCUGGGGCAGAAAUUGACAUCAAGUACGCCGUCAUCGGGGCGGCUCUAGGUGGAGCCAUAGUGGCCGUCUUCCUGGCCCUGAAGGUCUGCAUGAUCAAGAAGCAUCUGUUUGAUAUCGACUCCUCCAACUUGAGAAGCACAACCCCGGGCUUCAGUGACACUGUCACCCUGAAGAGGAGAGUCCCAAGGUCAAAGCUCCAUUUCUCCGAAAGAGGUGCAGAAGUGAUUGAGCUCUAAAUAAGUGACCUCUUCAGGAGAGGCUGGGCAGUCUGGGACAAUUUCCCACAGUUUCAGUCUCAGGGAUGUCAUGAAUUUGAACUUCCAAAGAUGGACCUUCAUGUGGAGCUCAAUGCUCAGAGCAAGUAAUAUAUGGAAUGAAGUCUACAGUGUUUCUGUCCUAAAGGAAAAUAUCAAUUCUCUUCCACAAGAAGCUGACUACAUAGAUGGAGGCACAAGCACUUUAUCCUGCAGUAAGAAAGGAUGGAAGCCAAUAAAUCCACAGUCUAUCCUGGUCCUCCAUAGUGGAGCUGUUUAUGAUUCUAUGGUAGCAUUGUAUCCAUAUCAAUGGAACCUACCCAUAGCAAAUGGCUCAUGGAAUGGAGAUGAAAGUCAAGACACAACCUCCUUAACACUAUUGUCUAUCAACAGGUAAGCAUCAUUUUCUAGAACUGAUGGCCUCACCUCCUCUGUUGCCAUAAGAAUUCCCCUGAGAAUAUUCAGGAUUCUUGAGACAUGAAGACUAUGGGAUAGUUUCCAGGCUUAUGAAUGAAAGACUAACUUCCCACAGGAAGAAAUGGAGGGCUGGGCCGGAGAGGAAGGGGUCUCAGUGGCCACAGAAUGGCUUGCAGCUCUGCAAAUGAUGGAACCAAUGAAGGAUUAAUUGAAAAAGCCAAUGAUGUGCCAAUGGUAGGGAUCUACACAAAUGUAAGGGAUUACUGUUAUAUUUUUACCAUAGUUUUAUGGUUAUUGGUACAAAUGUGAAUGGCUUUUGUGUGGAGGACAUGACUGGAAGAGGCUUAGGAAACCCCUAUCUUUUUAUUAUUGUCAUCAACCUAAGGCUGUGUGGCACACACCCUGUUAACAUUUCUCUCCCCUAUACUAUUAACCCUGUAUUUCUGGGGCUGCAUUAUGGAAUACUCUUUGCCUUUCCAAUUAAACAGAAAUCCAGGUGAUUGUGUGGGCUGGUUCUUUUUGGAUUGGGUUAUUCUCCUUGUGUGUGAUGAAAGAUGAGCAAUAUUUCAAAACAAAGUGCUGUGUUAUAAUAAUUUGCCUGGAUUCCCAGGGUGUCUUUUAUCUGACUUGAUAACAACGUAGUUCAUUAGAAGCCUUUGUUAGCUGAUAACCUAAAGCGGUAACAUGAUACUCAUAAGCAAUUUUCUGUGUAUAAGAUAGAAUAAACCAUCUUGUAAGGUAUCUGUUAAUUGAUUUGCUUCUUUUAGCAGCAUUUUAAUUAAGACUUCUGGUUUCUGAAUGGCAAAGGCACAUACAAACUGAAGGUGAAUGCCUCAGGAUUCUCAGUAAUCAUUUU